AUGCUCUACGUUUCAACGAGCAAAAGUGCAUACCCUACUGAUACUUUGAUUGUGCUCAACGAAAUCAAACAGGAGUCGCCUACCCUGUUGCAGUUGACGACUCCUCAUUCGCCGUCUGCGAUUUCAAAUCUCCUUCGGGCAAACUCCUCUUUGACCUCAGGUGAGAUAAUUUCUGUCUCGAACUUCUUUCAUCAAUCCAAAUUCUUAGAAGAACUUGAAUAACAUAAUUAUAUCUGUAAGACACAUUCAACCAGCUUUCCUCUAACCGGUUAAAGAUAAUAACUAAAAUUUGUGUUGCUUCUUUUUUUCACCAUUUUGUUCGUAAUUUUACAAGAUUAUUUCUAUCAUUAAAAAUCCCUCGAUUCAGUUUUUUAAGGGUUUCAUUUGAAAAGUUGAGUGUUUUUUUUUCCAAGUCAUUAAACUUAUUUAUUCAUAUCUGAACAACUUUCUCUUUAUAGUUUCGAAACGUUUUCCUCAGAAAUGCAAUAAACAAUAAAGAAGUUACUCCCGCAAUAAAGCUUCGAGAAACUAGAAGACAUGUGGUCAAACAGUUAAACUGAGACUUUUCACGGCCCAUAAAACGUUGGACCUCUCUCAUUGCCUUAUGUUUGGCUUUCUGUAAGUUGUGUGUAUCAGGAAACGUGUUUUCUCAGUUGCAAUCAUCUGAAAAUAAUGUUGUUGAUCAUUUGAUCAUAAUUCAGAAAAAUUUAGAAAUAUUUCAAAUAGAAUUUAAAAAUAAAUUUAGAUUUAGAUUAUUAUCGAUUAGAUUUAUUUUUUUGAAGUUUUUUUAAGUAUUAGGGUCAAAAAAAGCAAUUGAAAAAUAAACAUAUUUUCGAAUUUAAUUCUUAAAAUACGUUUGAAUAACAAGCGAUAUUCUGUUUUCAAAUCGCUCUGCGUAUUUUUUCAAUUUCUCAGAUAUUUUUCAAAUGAGCUUUUUAUUUUUCGGAAUCAAAAAAAUCAAUAGAGUAAAAAAAUCAACAAGUGAUUGAAAAAAAUGAACUAUAUCAAGUGAAAACUUUCAAAACUGCCAAAUUUGAAGAAGAAUUAAAUUUUGAACUAGUUGCAUUCCAAGUUUUGAUGAGCAUCAUUUCACAUUUAUUAGUCUUUCCAAUGCAAAAAUGCUGGAACAGCAAAAAAGCAAGCAAAGUGCGCCCGCUGAAAACAUGUGAGCCGAAGUUGGUAUUCGUAUUUUCUCAUGACUGGGAGAAUUUCAGCGUCAAAUGAUAUUUUUUGUUUUAGAAAAGUGCUUCGCAUGCCAUAACUAUUGCUGCGAAGAAGUUCACGCUUUUGUCGACGGCCAUCUUUAUCAUACAACGUGUCUUCAGUGCAACUUGUGCAAGGUAGCAUUCGACAUUACAGUACCCCAAGUUUUUUCGAACUUUUUUCAGUUUCCUCUCGGUUUUGAGGAGACCUGUUUUGUUCGAGACGGAUUAAUUCUCUGCCGCACCGACUAUUACUCGUACGUUUUAUCUUUUGAUCCUUUUGCGAUGGCAAGUUUUGGUGAGAAGAUCCAAGAAUUAGGCAAGUUAUAUGAUUUGAUGAGUUUUUUGGGAGUUUCAAAACGCCUUGAAAACGCAUAAAAACAUUUUCGUUGAGACAUUUCAGUCGCAGUCUGGUAAACAACUAUCAGUUGCAUUUUUCAAGGCCAAUUUUAUUUAGUUUUAAAUUUAGGAAAUACGGAAAAAAGUGCGCAAAAUGCCAGGGGAUUCUGCAGAAAGACGAUGUCGUUAUGAGAGCCAGAGAUGCCACUUUUCAUGUCCUUUGCUUCUCUUGCCAUGUGACAUUUUAUAUUUUUUUUUCCAAAUUUCAAGAAAUAUUUCUAGGUGUGCGGGUCGAUGCUGCAGGUGGGCGAUUUGUUCACAAUGACACCUCAAAUGCAACUCUGCUGUCACGGUCAUUUUUAUUCAAUGAAAACAUUUAUUUUAAAUCAAUAGUUUCAACAAGAAAGUGAUGAAAAAAGAAACAAUUGAUAAUUACCAAUCUGUGAGGGAAUGCAAAUGAAAAUCAAUUAACUUACACCAACGAAAAUAUCGCCGUUUCUAGUUUAAGAAAAAAAUUUUGGCUUUAAUAGUACGGCUAAAUGCAAAAAAAGAGAAAAAUCUCAGUCAAGUUAUGCAUGAGUUUUUUUGAUAAUUUUUUCACAAUUUUUUUUGUUUGGAAGAUUUUGAAAUCACUUUGUCUGGAUAUCUUUUCAAUUUUUCAAAAUGUGAAACGUUUUCAUGUUCAAUCAGUUUUUUCAGCUCAUUCCGACGCGAUUUGCGACGAAGCGCGACUUGUCGAGCGGGAAAGAGAAGCGAACUCGGAAGAGCCGGAAGGUAAGAUCCGAGGAUGCGGCCUUAUUAAUUGGUCACGCGUUUGUUUCGAGCAUAAGCCGUCUACCGUAAUCCUCGUCCUCAUUAGCGCUUUUCGGCGGCAUCUUUGUUUAUGGAUGCGCCGCCACUUGUUAUUGCCCCGGUUACUACCUUUUACAUCAGUAGUGAAAUAAUAUUUUCAACCAAGAAAGUCUGGCUGGGUGCUGGUACCGGUGGAAGCAUUACAGCAAAACAUACUUCUUAUGAGCUCCGAGGAAAAACUUUUUUCGAAAAAAGCGGAACAGAAAAAUCCGGGUUCCCGUGUUCGAAAAAAAAAUAUUAUCAGACUGCUUUGAACUCUGAAAGACAAGUUAAAUCAAUUUUGUUUGACAAGAAGAUAAUUUUUUUUUUAUGAGGACUUUUCUCUAACUUUUCAGGUCUCUAUCAAAAGUACCAUAAUGAGGUUUUUGAAAACUCAAAUUUUGCUGUGAAUUGCUCUGGAAACAACUGAUAUAAACUAUAGAUAAAGCAGCUCCUCAAAUGACGGAGUUUUUUUAAAAUUUUUUUAUCGGAAUAUCAAUUUUUUUCAGAAUAUCGAAAACCUGAGAAAUUGUGUAUUUAAAAAAACCACGAAAUCCGUUAAAAUUGAUCUGUAAAUGAGCUCUUUGCAACCAGCCGUAUUAUGACGAAAUCCAAACCACUGAACAUGAUAUAAAAUUCAAAUGAGCCGCGGAGAGCAGAUACAGGUGCUCAAAUGGCAGGACACCUCAGUUUCAUGUUACAAACGAGAAAACGCGCGCUAAUCUCGAAAAGCCGAAAAGCCAUCUGCUACAGAAUACGUGGACGACGAGCAGCCCGUGCACAACCGUUCCAAACGAAUGCGCACCUCUUUCAAGCACCACCAACUGCGCACCAUGAAGCAGUACUUCAAUCUCAACCACAACCCGGAUGCCAAGGACCUCAAGCAGUUGGCUCAAAAGACCGGGCUCACAAAACGCGUCUUGCAGGUUUUAUUUUGAAAUCAAUACUAUUUUUCUGAAGGAUGUCUGAAAUUAUUAACAGCGUCAUCUGAAACUAAAACUUAUAUUCUCAUCAAAAAGAGCUCAAGUGACAGAUUUAAAAUUGAACUCUUUCGAGAAAUUUCUGUCCUUUUUUUGGUGAAAAUACUUAUAUAAGUCGUUAUAUCAUUAUUCUAUCUUUUUGGUUAUCUUUUACCCCAUCUACGAUCCAAACUAUCUUAUCCCCGUAGGUCUUCUGUUUUCAAUCAUUUUAUGAAAAGACAGCGGUGCUGAGAGGGCAAAAAUUAUUGACAUCAGAGAAAAUUCUCAUGCCAUCCUUUAUGGUCUUCAGGUUUGGUUCCAAAACGCGAGAGCGAAGUUCCGCCGAAGCAUGCAGCAACAAGAUGGCAACACUCUUUCUCCGACUACCCUCAGCCAGCUAAGCAGCCUCGAAUUGAAGGUUUCGUCUUCUAGAAGUUUUACAACGUAGACGUUUCAGAACCAAACUUCGUCGUCUUCGAAUCAAUCGUCAGAUUAUAUAAGCACCUCUCCUGACCGUGUCAGAGACUUCUACGAAGCAACUGCCAUGGGAACUUUGGCUUCUCUUUGA